AUGGCAGACCUCACCGGCAUAAUGGUAGCCCUAAUUACCCCCUUCACAGACGACAAGACCCAAAUCGACUCAAGCCGUCUCCAAGCACACAUCGAGCACCUCAUCAAAAGCGGUGUCCACGGGCUGGUCCCAGGCGGCAGCACAGGCGAGUUCACAACGAUGAGCCUCCCCGAGCGCAAGCAGCUCACCAAGCUAUGCGUAAAGUUUGCUGCAGGCCGCGUGCCCGUCAUCGCCGGAACAGGGAGUACCUCUACGGCCGAGGCCGUCGAACUAGGCGUGCACGCGGCGCAGGCCGGCGCCGCGGCCCUGAUGGUCGUGCCGCCGUUCUACGACCCCGUCAACCUGGAGCAGUUGAGGGAGCUCAUGGCAGAGAUUCACGGCGCGUCUAAGUUGCCUAUCGUCUACUACAAUAUCCCAUCUGCCACGGGGCUGGCGCUGAGUCCGGCGGAGAUUGCUGGUCUAUCUGACGUGGGUGUCAAGUAUCUCAAGGAUACAUCGGGUAAUGCGCCUGCGCUGACGGAGCUGUUGUUCGGUCUGUCGGAUAAGAUCACUGCCUUCAAUGGCUGGGACACCCUAACUUUUUAUGGUCUAGCUUCUGGGGCAAGGGGAGGUGUCUGGGGAGCUGCGAACAUUAUUCCUGAGUUGGCGGUUGAGCUUUGGGAGGCUGUUUCCGUGAAGGGAGACCUUAAGAGAGGUCGCGAGCUUUGGGCUAAGGCUUGGCCGGUUUGCAAGUUCCUCGAGUCGCAUAACUAUGCUGCUGCUGUGAAGACGGGUGUGGAACUCAGGGGUCAGUCGACUGGGGGUUUGCGCAAGCCGUUUGCUUUGCUUAGUGAGGAUUUGCAGGUAGAACUAAAGCGCUUGUUACAAGAUGCCGGGGUUAAGACUAUUUGA